CAGGAGCAUGUGAUACGGGAGGAAGCUCGUAGUCUCACUCCUCGACAAUGUGCCGCCAUGGAUUUAGUGCUUCCCACCAUCAAGCAAUAUUUCCAUGCUGGUGGAAACGGUCUGAAGAAAACCUUCCUGGAAAAGAGCCCCGAUCUCAAGUCCUUGAAAUACGCCCUCAGCCUUUACACUCAACCCACAGAUGCCUUGAUCAAGAAAUAUAUAUGCACCCAAACCUCUCAAGGUCAGUCCACGACUGCAUCCAACGGGGAGGUCGCCAUCCAGGUGGACCUGAUCUCACACCCCGGGACUGGAGAGCACAAAGUCAGCGUCAAAGUUGUGGGUGUGAACAAUAUCAACUGGCAGACCAAUGCCAUGUUUCGCCCCUUCGUGGAGAUUAACGCCAUCGGCCCACACCUGGCGGACAAGAAACGCAAGUUUAGCACCAAAACCAAGAACAACAACUGGUCCCCAAAAUUCAAUGAAACAUUCCAGUACGUGCUGAGUAACGAACAUGGCCCAGAGGCCUACGAGCUUCACAUCUCUGUGAAGGACUACUGCUUCGCCCGAGAGGACCGAAUCAUCGGCUUGACUGUCCUGCAGCUCAGAGAACUGGCCGAAAAGGGCAGCCUGAAUGCUUGCUAUCCACUCGCCAGGAGCGUAACUAUGGACGAUACCGGUCUGACCAUCAUGAGAAUACUCUCGCAAAGGACCAACGACGAAGUGGCCAAAGAGUUCGUACGUCUCAAAUCAGACACACGGUCAGCCGAGGAGGUAUCGUAAAGAACCGGUGGGAAGGAAAAAAAAGAGCGGGAGGGAUAUUGCAAUGCAAGAUGGUUGUGUUUGUUUUUGUGCAUGUGUGUAAAACAUCUGUUGGAAUGUUCAUUUUAAACUACAAGUACGUACAAAAGUGUUUACCUACCGUAUGCUCUCUAUCAAAUAUUAUAUUCUACAAAGUUAUGUUCAAGAGACGUUGAAUACAGUUUUGUAUGACGAUUAGUCUUUGUGAACAGAUCUUGUAUUUGUUCAGAUAAAGUGCCAAACCUGAUGAGUUUAAAAAAAAAGACAAAAAAACAAACACAUGAAUUAUUGGUGAAGUUGGUAUCUUUCUAAAUUUGCUCGAUUCUUUUGUCCGGUGUAUAUCAUCCUCUCUUUAAGUGUGUAACGGUUUUGUUCGUCUUUUCAUUCUCACACCAUUUUUUGUAGUUUGUUUGUUUUUUUUUUUUGUUUUUUGCAUUUUUGGUAACUCACCCUUUCUCACACAGCACUGGUGGUGCAUGUCUCGUUUUCUUGGUGACGUCUCUCCCAUGUGUUCGCAGUGACUGUGGGCAUCGGCUCGGACCCUCUCCCCUCCAACGUUUUGUAUUUUGAGCCGACUUUAAAAAGAGACCAUUUUUUUAAAAUGGCGAUGACUGCUACGAAUCUCUUCAUACGUGUUUGUAAUUUUAUAGUCGUUGACAACAAUGAAAACCACCUUGAGUGCUGUCGCUCCAGGCAGGAGGGGUGGGAUGUUAUUUUCGUUUGUUUCAUAUGUUUAGUUCCUGUGCGUUUCCUUCUUUUUUUCUUUUUUUUUUGUUUUGUUACCAUAGGCUUUCAGCCUUUCUGAAUUAUCACUGUGAACAUGGGCUCUGAAAGGCAAGCUUACAUCACAUUUGUUGACUGUUUGAUAUCAUCUUUUUUAUUUUUUGAAACAACUUUGAUUCAAAAACAAAAGAAGAAAAAACUGCCAAAGUUACAUGAAAAUAUUCAUACAAAAGCAAUUCAUGAUCUGUAUGAAAAUCAGUAUAUACUAUGUACACAUGCUACAUACUGUACAUGAAUCAUGUUUAUAGUAUUGCUGAGUCAUAUCUGAUUGUGUUUAUGGGCUGGGUUCUGAGUUUUUCAGGAUGAUUUCUGUGAAGUUGUUUUAUCUGGUAUGAAUGUGGUAAGUGUUACUUUACAAGAAGAGUCAUAUCGAUCGCUGUCAUCUCAUUUAUUUUUGUUUACAGAGGAAAAAGUUUAACAUUUGGUAUUUAUGCAACAUUCCUAUGUAUUGCACUGAUGGCAAAUUGUAUGUCAUGUAAAUAUAUUUAGUGAGAAAUUGUAA